AGCCAUUUUGGCUCAAAUCAUUUGACUCCUAGCCAUUUGGGCUGAAGCCGCAGCCCGCUGUGCACGGCAAGCCGUGCCAGCUGCAGAUAUGUCGAGGAAGCCUGAAGGCCACACCUUGCCCCGAACCAGGCUUUCCGCGGAGAAGUUAACUGGCCUCGUGACCCAGUGGAAGGGCAAGUACGGAUGGAUCAAGCCUGGCGGUGUGAUCGAGCACGAGAAGGCCAAAUUGAAGAACGGCAACCUGUUCUGCACCAUGAAUGACAUCAUGGACGGAAGCGGUGUUCUCCACCCUGGAGCGCCUUGCGAGUUUCACUUGUACGAAGAUGAGACGGGCCUCGGCGCCGAGGAGGUCGUGGAAACGGGACCAGCAGACCCGUCGACGAUCCCGCCAGAGGACCAGGGCAAGUCUAAGGGCAAGGGCGGGUUCAAUUCCUACGGCAAGGCGCCCUUCUCGAACGGGUGGGGGGGCGACAAGGGCUUCGGCAAAGCUCCCGCCAAGGGCUUCUCGAAGGGCUGGUCCGAGCCAUACGGCUUCGGUGACAAGGGCGGCGGCAAGGGCUGGGGCGGCAGCUGGGGCGGCAAGGGCUGGGGCGGCAAGGGCUGGGGCGGCAGCGGGGGCGGCAGAAAGAACAUCAAAAAGGAAAACGCAAAGAGCACCGUCUGGCUCGGAGGCGUCCCCGCGGGCGUCUCCAAGGAGGAGAUCAAGGCCAAUUUCGAAGCCGCGGGCUCAGUCAAGCUGGUUGAGCUCAUCAAGCAGGGGAAGGAGGGUUUCGUCAUCUUCUCUUCGCCGGAGGAGGCAAUGUCCGCGAUCGCAAUGUUCAAUGGCGCCGUCAUCAACGGAUCAGCCAUCCAGGUGGACACGUGGAACGUCAGGGAGACCACGGCGUGAUCUUGCGAUGCCCUCUUUUUGCUGGCUCAGCGGCGGCAAGCAGGUCAGAGCUAGCUCGGGUAGUGAAUCUUGCGGGUGCACCCACGCCCCUUUCUGUCGGACCGGACGAAAGGGAAGGAUAGGGCAAGGGGGGGUUACGACAUCUGCUGCGUGCAGCUGGUUUCCGCCCCGCCGCC